AUGUUGACAACAACCGCGCCCACGCUCAACGUGCCGAGGGAUUUUGGGCCUUACUUCUUCUCUGUCGCGGCGGAUCUCUUCUUGUACGGCGUCCUCAUCACCCAGACACUUCACUACUUCACCCAUUACCCGAAUGACCGCACCUGGAUGAAGGCCUUCGUCGUCGUCGUGGUCUUCGCGGAUACGCUGAACUCUAUCUUUGACCUUCACUCGCUUUACAUAACUUUGAUUGUGAACUUCGGAAACUUAGACGGGCUUCUCAUGACACAUUGGGGCAAGUCGCGACGCAGUCCUUGCAUCGCCUCGCUCGUUCAAUUCUUCUUCGGCUGGCGUGUGCUUGUCCUCACGAAGAAUGUCUUCCUCGUGAGCAUCAUCGGCCUUCUCUCCUUCGUGCAGCUGAUGGGCGGCAUUGGCACGGCGAUCGCCUUCGUCCAAAUCCCUUACAUCCCCGACUUCAUCAAGUUCCGCUCCAUUGUCAUCGUUUGGCUCGUCAGCGCUGCGAUCUGUGAUAUCCUGAUCACGGGCACCCUCGUUUACCACCUCAGGAGACGGAAGACCGGCAUGAAGUACACCGACUCCGCCAUCAACAAGAUCACCGCCCUGACUAUCGAAACCGGGCUGCUCACGUCCAUAUGGGCCAUGGCCGACAUGAUCUGCUACCUCGUCGGUCAGUCGGUGCACCUCUUCUUCCAGUUCCACCUCUCCAAGCUCUACUCCGUCUCCUUCCUCGUCUCGCUCAACUCCCGCGAGCUCUUCACCGCCGGCGAGCUCCUCGACGGCCCGCACUCCUCCAACCACAGCAGCAGCCGCGCGCAGUCCGCGAGCGUGAGCCGCGUGAACGUCUUCCGGACCUCUAUCCACCCGGCCCAGCAGAUCUUGAUCGACGUCGCGGCGCACGAGAUGGUGCACGUCGACGGCUGCAAGCCCGGGACCUACCUCGCCGGUCCCGACGGUCCCUGCCCGGAGAAGGCAGUGUACGUGCACGUGGUGACGCCCUCCCCUGGGUGCGCGCCGCGAGGCGCCGUGCGCUCGAGCGACAUCGCGGACUGGUAG